AUGGAUGACGACCGUCCCCUCUUCAUCACCUUCAAGCCCACUGAUGAGGACAACACAGCCAGAGGCAAUCCAGCACCCCACACAACCCCCAUCCAUCCCCAAGGGGCAGAGCAGUCACCAGGACAUCACAACAGACAUGGCAGGGUCUCUCCAGGCUUCUGGUCAGCUCCACCAGCCCAGUCCCUGCCUGAGGAGGACCCAUGGCCAGAGAGGGUGGCCCUGCGUGCCCAGACCAGGCUGUGGUUUGAGCAGACACAAGCCCAGAGGUUGGGGCCCAAGGGGGAGCUCCCAAUGUGGUUCCACGGCUUCAUCAGCCGGAGGGAGGCAGAGGAGCUGCUGCAGGAUCAGCCCCUGGGCUGUUUCCUGGUCCGCUUCAGUGAGAGCACCAUCGGCUUUGUCCUCUCCUACAGGGGAAGGGAUCGCUGCCGGCACUUUGUCCUGGACCAGCUGCCGGACGGGCGCUACGUGAUCCUGGGGGAGCGCAGUGCCCACUCUGAGCUGGCUGAGCUGCUGCAGCACCACGCCACAGCCCCCGUGACCCCGUACCACGAGUUCCUGACUGUGCCCCUGCCGUGUGGAAGGAAAGAGGAGCCUCGAGAACGGGCACAGCCCCCGGCCGGCAGUGAUGCUGCACGUUCCCCGCCGAGCGAAGCACCGGCAAAACUGCCGGACUUCAGCCCCGUGUCCCGGGAGUCCCCGAGAGCCGAGGGCGGCUCCGGCAGGGAGGCUCCCAGUGCUCCGCCGCCGUCGCUCCCUGCCAAGAGCAGCUCCCAGGGCUCGGCUCGGGGGUCGCGCAGCCCCUCCGGCAGCGCAGCAGCACCCGAGGCUUCCUAUGCCCAGGUGCACAAAGAAGUGGCUCGCCCCGAGCUCCCCGAGGCCAAGUACCAGCAGCUCAUGUGCUUCCACGUGUACGCCGAGCCCCGUGAGGACAUCGCCCCCAGCCCCUCUGCCCACUGCGAGCCCGAGGAGCCCACCCCGGCAGAGCCCAUCCCCUUCUAUGCCAUGGCCCGGGGCUGGAGCCCCCGCACCCGCCCCAAGGAGAACAUUUACUCCGAGGUGGCAUUGACCCGGCAGGAUCUGCCUGCUCGGCUCCCCACGGCACCCCAAAACGCUUUCUCCACGCUGUCCCCCAAACCCCGGCCCCACCGCCGUCUCUUCCGCAGCGUUUCCAGCCAGGACUGCAAGAGGAGGCAGCUCUUGGUGGCUCCCAGAAUGGACAGGAAGGACAGAGGAGCUUCCAGCACAGGCACAGAGGUCACUCAGAACCUUGCACUGGAGUUGGAUGACCCCAUCUACAGCCAGAGCACACACACGGACCAGCACACCACGGCCAUGGCUGAGAACGUGUACGAGCAGCUGCCUGGGGACUGCCCCUAA